CUGCCCGGCGGGGCGGGGGCGCCGAGAGCCCCGGGCGGCCCUCGCUCCGCUCCGCUCCGGCAGCGGCCGCCGGCGCGAACAAAGGCGGCGGCGGCAGGCGGCGGUGGCGGCGCGGCCGUGCGCGGCAGCCCGCCCGCCCCUGCUUCCUGGGCCGGACCAGGCGAGGCGGCCCCCGCCCCGCCGCCCAGCGGAGCCGCCGCCGCAGCAGCGCCGGUCGCGGGGCGCGCUCACUGCCCGUCGCGGGAGCUGCAUGUGGGCGGGAGCCGCGGCGGAGGAUGGCCGUGCUCAAGCUCGCCGACCAGCCACCACUGGUCCAGGCAAUUUUCAGCGGCGAUCCAGAAGAGAUACGGAUGCUGAUCUACAAAACUGAGGAUGUCAACGCCUUGGAUGCUGAGAAAAGAACCCCUCUUCACGUUGCAUCAUUCCUGGGGGAUGCAGACAUCAUUGAGCUUCUCAUUUUGUCAGGUGCUCGGGUCAAUGCCAAGGACAACAUGUGGCUGACUCCUCUCCAUCGAGCAGUUGCUUCAAGAAGUGAAGAAGCCGUGCAGGUGCUCAUCAAGCACUCGGCCGAUGUCAAUGCCCGCGACAAGAACUGGCAGACCCCGCUGCACGUGGCGGCGGCCAACAAGGCGCUGAAGUGUGCGGAGAUCCUGAUCCCGCUGCUGAGCAGCGUCAACGUGUCGGACCGCGGCGGGCGCACGGCGCUGCACCACGCCGCGCUCAAUGGCCACACCGAGAUGGUGAACUUGCUCUUAGCCAAGGGGGCAAACAUCAAUGCUUUUGACAAAAAGGACAGAAGAGCUCUUCACUGGGCAGCAUACAUGGGUCACCUGGAAGUUGUUGCCUUACUGAUUAAUCAUGGUGCAGAAGUGACUUGUAAAGACAAGAAGGGUUACACCCCACUUCAUGCAGCUGCAUCCAAUGGGCAAAUUAACAUUGUGAAACAACUCCUUAACCUGGGGGUGGAGAUUGAUGAGAUGAACAUCUAUGGAAAUACUGCACUUCACAUUGCCUGUUACAAUGGUCAGGAUUCUGUUGUUAAUGAGCUGAUUGACUAUGGUGCUAAUGUAAAUCAGCCUAAUAACAAUGGAUUCACCCCCUUGCAUUUUGCUGCUGCCUCUACUCAUGGAGCACUGUGUCUUGAACUGCUAGUGAAUAAUGGGGCAGAUGUUAAUAUUCAGAGUAAGGAUGGGAAGAGCCCCCUGCACAUGACAGCUGUCCAUGGGAGGUUCACACGCUCGCAGACCCUCAUCCAGAACGGAGGGGAAAUCGACUGUGUGGAUAAGGAUGGUAACACCCCUCUGCACGUGGCUGCAAGAUACGGACACGAGCUUUUGAUCAACACCCUCAUAACCAGCGGAGCCGACACUGCCAAGUGUGGGAUCCACAACAUGUUCCCUUUACACUUAGCAGCACUGAAUGCCCACUCAGACUGCUGCAGGAAAUUGUUAUCAUCGGGCUUUGACAUAGACACGCCCGACAGCUUCGGAAGGACGUGCCUGCACGCGGCCGCGGCCGGAGGUAAUGUAGAAUGUAUAAAACUCUUGCAAAGCAGUGGAGCAGAUUUUAAUAAGAAGGACAAAUGUGGAAGGACACCUUUGCACUAUGCAGCUGCAAAUUGUCAUUUCCACUGCAUUGAGACUCUGGUGACAACAGGAGCCAAUAUCAAUGAAACAGAUGACUGGGGACGCACCCCUCUGCACUAUGCUGCUGCUUCUGACAUGGACCAAAAAAGAAAGAAUAUUUUAGGUAACUCCCAUGAAAAUGCUGAAGAACUUGAAAGAGCCACUGAGAUGAAGGAAAAAGAAGCUGCAUUGUGUCUCGAGUUCCUCCUCCAGAACGACGCCAACCCAUCCAUCCAGGACAAGGAGGGCUACAACACCGUGCACUACGCUGCUGCCUACGGGCACCGGCAGUGCUUGGAACUGAUUGGAAGCAAAACUCCAUUGGAUAUACUUCUGGAAAAAACGAACAAUAUGUUUGAGGAAUCUGAUUCUGCAGCUACAAAAAGUCCUUUGCAUUUAGCUGCCUAUAAUGGUCACCAUCAAGCUCUGGAGGUUCUUCUGCAGUCUCUGGUAGAUCUGGAUAUUAAGGAUGAGAAGGGCCGCACUGCCCUGGACUUGGCUGCCUUCAGAGGACAUGCAGAGUGUGUGGAAGCUCUCAUCAGCCAGGGUGCUUCUGUCACCGUAAAGGACAAUGUCACCAAAAGGACCCCCCUCCAUGCCUCAGUCAUUAAUGGCCAUACCCCUUGUUUACGGUUGUUGCUGGAAGUUGCAGACAACCCUGAUGUGACAGACGCCAAAGGACAAACUCCACUAAUGCUUGCUGUGGCAUACGGGCACAUUGAUGCUGUUUCUUUAUUACUUGAAAAAGACGCAUCUGUAGAUGCAGCUGAUCACCUGGGAUGCACAGCUUUACAUCGAGGGAUCAUGACUGGGCAUGAAGAAUGUGUUCAGAUGCUGUUAGAGAAGGAAGUGUCUAUUUUGUGUAAGGACGCCCGAGGCAGGACACCUCUGCACUUCGCCGCAGCUCGGGGUCACGCCACGUGGCUGAGCGAGUUACUGCAGGUGGCCCUUUCCGAGGAGGACUGCGGCCUGAAGGACAACCAGGGCUACACGCCCCUGCACUGGGCUUCCUACAAUGGUCAUGAAAACUGCAUAGAGGUACUAUUGGAACAAAAACUUUUCCACAAGUUCUAUGGUAAUAGCUUCUCUCCAUUGCACUGUGCCGUAAUCAAUGAUCAUGAAAACUGUGCAUCACUACUCAUCGGAGCCAUCGACACCAGCAUUGUCAAUUGUGAAGAUGACAAAGGAAGGACGCCCCUGCACGCCGCAGCCUUCGCCGACCACGUGGAGUGCCUGCAGCUGCUGCUGAGCCACAGCGCGCGGGUGAACGCCGCCGACCGCGCCGGCAGGACGCCGCUCAUGAUGGCAGCGCACGGCGGGCACGUGGGCGCCGUGGACUUUUUGGUGAACAUUGCCAAGGCUGACCUGACAUUAAAAGAUAAGGAGUUGAAUACAUCUUUGCACUUGGCUAGCAGUAAAGGUCAUGAAAAAUGUGCCUUGUUAAUACUUGACAAGAUCCAAGAACAGAGCCUUAUAAAUGCAAAAAAUAAUGCAUUGCAGACACCUCUUCAUAUUGCUGCACGAAAUGGCCUAAAGAUGGUGGUUGAAGAGUUGCUGGCCAAAGGAGCCUGUGUCCUGGCAGUAGAUGAAAAUGGUCAUACGCCAGCCCUGGCUUGUGCUCCUAACAAAGACGUGGCUGACUGCCUGGCACUCAUUUUGGCUACCAUGAUGCCUUUUUCUCCCUCCAGUUCAGUGACGGCUUUCAACUUCGCUUGUUUUAAAAAAGACAAUUUGGGCAGGACACACCUCUGCGAUGGCUCCGCUAUGGGUAGCAUUAACUCUUACAAUAAGCCCUUGAGUAAUAACAUAGGAACAGAGGAUGGGUACAAUGAAAAUGAUUCGGAUUCUGAAACAUUUUGACUCAUUGGUAUUCAAAAACUUUCUUCCUUAUUAUUUCAGUUCAGCUUUAAUUUUUGUCUUUUGAAAAAGCUUAAAUCCCACAGUUACAUUCCUAACUAUUAUUUUUGACAAGUAGGUAUUGAAAGAUUUGUAGUGUUGAUGAGAAUCGAGCCUUUAAAUAACAAAAUUGGAGGGAUUUACUGGAACAUAUUCCUAUUAGAGUUCUGCAGCUUUUCAGUCUCCUGAUGUUUUCUUUAGGCCCAAAGUGCCCCUAUGGAAAGUCUCUACCUCUUAUUUUAAGUAGAAAGAAAAUGCCUUUUUUCUUUUUGACAGCACAAAUAAACAGGGAACUGUUUGUAAAGAAUUCUUUCAUGUUUUAGCUGCACCUUUAGUACACAAUCCUAUUUCCAGCAUAGGCUUCACAGAUUCGAGCAUCACCCCUUUCCUACGUUUGUCUGUUUCCUGCUUCCAGGGGCUGUUAAUUAGAUAAUUUUUUACAUGAACCAAAGGUAAACUUGUAAUCUUAAAACUGCCUGUAUUACUUUUCUACAGGAAAUGAAACCUUUUACAUUCUGCCUGUAUUAAGCACUUAAACAUACAGAAGGCACUUUUUACAGUUCGUAGUUGCAGUACACAAUUAGAAAAAUGUAGUUGUUAACUCUUAAGGCCAAAUUCUGCUCAUCUCACCAUAUUUUCCCAUGAACAUCACUUCUGUAAAAUGGUAAUCACCUGGCCCUUAUUUUUUUUUUUUUCGAUUCAGCACAAAUGUGUAUGGUUUAUUUGCACUACAGAAUUAGGGUCAUUAGAUGUUUCUGUCACCUGAGCCAUUAAUCAUGAAUCCAUUACCAGAAAAAGAAAAGGGGAGAGAGGGAGAAAUCAGAUGUAGACAAAGGUGUACGUAAAUGUUUAGAAUUGUUUGCCAACUUAAAUGGCGCUUUUUUUCCUUUUCUAUGGUUAAAUAACUGAUUUUUACUGUAAGCAGUAUUGAAAUUUAAAAUACUUUUGCCCAUGUUUGGAUUAACAGAGCAAAGGUAAAGCAAUGAAAGCAUAACACCAAAAGUGGAAAUACCAAACACCAGAAACAUAGCAGUGUAGUGUGCAGGGGACCAGAGAGAGAUGCUAAAAAGCCUUUUGUCACCAGCUUUUAAAGCAGUGUCAACUUUGUGAAUAUGUUUACUCCUUCUGCCAAAGUUUCUAGGUCAAAUGGACCCCGACCCUCCUCUGCAACAGAUGUACAAAAGGAAGAAUGAGACUUUGUAAACAAAAACAAAAAACACAAACAAAAAACUAUCAUGAACAAACCAGCUGUACCAAGAGGACCAAAAUGCUUCAGUAAUUAAUUGAAGACUUUGCUACUUUUAUUUUUUUCUUCAAAUGUGAGUGACAUAAUGAAGUAGUUUUUUCUAAAUGAUAAAAAUAUAAACUUUUGAGGUAAUAGUAGUCUUGGCUGAAUUUUACAUUUUAUGACACAGGUUUCAAGUUGACAUUUUUAACUGAUGAUGUGUUGACCACAGGUGGGUUUUUUCCAGACUUAAGAAUAUGUUCAUAUACUUUUAAUGUAAAUGUGUUUCUAUUUAUUUGAAAUGAAACAAAUGCCCAGGAAAAAUAACUAUGGCUUGUUCUCCUAGUUAGCAUUCAUGCAUACUGAAAUGAAAUGUGAAUCUGGCAAGACUGAGGGCCUGAGGAGCAAAGGGAAGGGUGGAUGCGCUCUGGGAGAGUGCCCAUCUUGUAUGGAAUGCAAAGGUCCACUGGCUGUGGUGGGAAAAAGCAGAAAGCAAAACACCUUCCUUUGUUUAAGAGCUUAAGGAAGGGAUCCAGCCCCUUGCCAGACAGGUGAGAAAACCCACACAGCUGGGGCAGAGAGGGGAGAGAAGGUGGCAGAGCAUGGGGCAGCUGUUCCUGUCCCUGUCAGUCACACUCAGCUUGUCUCAGGCCUGUGUCUGUGCUGGGAGGGUGAGAUGAGCUUCCUCGGUGCUCGCUUUCGGCAGGGCAAAGGAAAAGCUAGGAUUUGAAUUUUAGUUGCAGUUUUUAGCCCUGUUCUGCUGAACUGCUGAAAAUCUAUUGGCAGAUUGCAGUUCUUUAAUUAGGAAAAAAUAUUUAUAUAUUAAGUUUAUUUUGUCUCACUAAAAUUGACUAUUUUCCCCUUGAACGUUAGCAGUUUUCUGAAGUUUAGAACAAAAAAACCCCUCUUUUCUCUCAACUCUGUAGUUUCUGCAGUAGAAUGACAGAGAACCUGAAAAAUGGUUUCCUCUGUAGAAAUAGCACCAAAUAACAUUUUAAUUGAUUUUUCUCAGCAUUUUUGCUUUUAAAAGUUGCAGAAUAGCAAUAACCACCUUACUUUAAACACUGAAAAUAAGAGGAGAGAUCAAUUCUUAAAAUUUUCAGCGGUGCCUGUUCCAAAAUGAAUAGUAAUCCCAAAUUUUGGGUUUUUUUUUAAUGUGGAAGGAUGUCAUUGAAAAUAAACAUAUGGGAAAUAGCUGCCACCUGUCUAACAGCAGAAUCAGCAUUUUAAUCUUAUUUUAAGCAGAAAUGUAGGCAGGCUCCCUGGCAGGAUUAGUUGUCUCACCCUGAAAUACAGAAAAUUAUGCUAUCCUACACGACAGUGCUUCAUUAAGAGAAAACCAGCCCUCUUUAUAAAAAAUUGUUACAUUAUUUUAAGCAGGAAUUUUAGAAGUUUCAGUAUUUUUACCUGCUGCCAUACAGUUACCAAAACAUUUUCUAAUUGCGAUACCUUGUAACACUGGUAACUGUGUAGUGCAACAGCUGCUGCCUCUUAGUGCAUCCCAGAAGCAGAGGUGAUUUAUUUCUGAGUCACACUGGCCCUUCCAGGAACCAAAUGUGACUUUUGCCCAUGAAACCCUGCAAUGCUGCCAGGAUGCAGCAUUCCAAAAAGCACAGGAACACACGCUGUGCUCACACCUCCAGGGCACUGCACAGGUCGUGUUUUGAGGGGGCUGGAUUUAGGAGGAAAACUGCCACGAGCGGGACACUGGGAAGUGCUCAGUGUUGGCCUGUCCCACAUCUCACGUGAGUUACCAGAAUCCCUUUUUUUGUAUGCUAGCACAUUAAUCUGUAAUUUAUCACAUGUAGAAAUAAAUGUGUAGUUUAGGGCAGGUAUUUAAGCAUGGGAGUAAUGUUACUCUUGUAAAUAAUCUCCUUGCCUUUCUGUGGACUUCUCACAAGAGUAAUCAUACAGAUUGUUGCACUUAACCCUGGAUCCUGCAGCUUACAGCUUCUGUGUCUGCACCCAGCACAGGGCACCUGGGGAGGGGCAGCUCCCUGCCCCGGUGUGUUGGCAGGGUCGUUUCAUCCUGUAUUUUAACCACAGCUGCAGGUGGGAUCAGGAGCAGGAUGGGCUCCCAGGCCUCUCUCAUAAAUCCUGAGUUACAACCUCCGGACUGCCUGAAAUUGCUGUGAAAUAGCUCAGGGGAUUUCUGUUCAUCGCUACUAAAAGGGCACCAUAAUGUGUUUGGUACUUUUAUGCAGUCAGCAACUGCCAGGUUAUUGAAUUAGAACAAACACAUGAAAUGAAUUGUUUAUCCAUUGUACUGUUCAGAAACUUGGUUAUGUAUUUGAGGAUGAUUUUAAAAAAAUAGUGGUUUUUAUUCUUAGUCAUGUAAGAAAUUAGAGUGCCUUUUUAUAUUUGUGUAUAAUGGAAAUGUUUUGUGAAACUUGUCUUUUUUUUUUUUUUUUUCAUUUGAGUGUUAUAAAAGCAAUAUAUUACCAGUAAAUUUUCAUUUCAGACCUUCUUUGAAUGUAUAAAGUGUUUCUUCUUUUCAUAUGUUCUACCUGCAUUGAAAUGAAAAUUAAUAUGCUAAAUUUCUAUAGGAAUAAUGUAUAAUUUUUGCAGUGCUGAAAAUGCUUUCUUAUUACACAAAAAGUAAACUUAGGUCAGUGUUAUAGGAAAGGGCGUUUUAAACUAGUGACAAUCUUGAGUGUGUGUAUAAAAUGUAAUUUUAUGCAUUUCUUAUGCAGUGAUCGACAUAUUAAAGCCAAUAUCUUACGUUUUGUAGGUUUUGUCUUAUAUUUUAUGCUUUAGCAUGUGCAAUAUAUCUUUACAAACCAUGGUGAUAUGCAUCUGGUGCCAGUGUUAUAUUUUGCAUAACAUUUGUAAUAAACAAUAUAAAACAUUGUUUGAUGGUUUUUGGUGGGGUUUUGUCGGUAUUGUUUGCUUUUGUAAAUUGAAGUUUAAGGACUUGGGUAAAUGUCACAUAUGAAAUGAGGAGAAAAACCUUCAUUCAUUGAAUGACUUGGAAUUCAUCCUGAAUCUUCUCAAGCACAGUUUAGUAACUUUUUAAACUAUUGAAUGCUGUAUUAAUGUAAUAAAGAACCUUGACUGUAAAGUACUAUUGUAAUGCAUUCAGAAGGUUAUUUUUACAAAUAAAAAUGGUACAAAUACAGUGGAAAACUGAGCAGAUUUUGUUUCUUUUGGGGCAGCCGGGGAGGCUUAAGUAUAUAGCAGUGAAGAUGAAAAUGCAACUGUUUCGUACUUCCCUCAUAUGUAAAUACCCCUUGCCCCAGAAAUUUGAUUUUGGUAUUUUGGUUUCUCUUUAGAUUCGGGGAAGGUGAGGGAAUAUAAUAAACCAUGACAGCAAUUUUUUUUUUUUUUUACAGUCAAUAAGUAUUUUCCUCUUUUCCUUGUGAGCACCACCCGCACUGCUGCGUGUGCCCUGCACCGGUCUGAGGCAGCAGUCCCAAAGGGACUAAAAUGCAGCAGAGAACUUAAAGAUAACGAUAGUGAGGUGUCAAAAAUACCCGAAUUAAAGCAAGCAAACAAAAUCCACAAAAAAGAAAACAAACCCAAAACCAAAUAUCCAGCAGCGCCUUUCAGGUGCUGAGUGCCUGCAGCUUUCUGGAGGUUUAUCACGGAAUCGCUCACCCCAGGGCAGGGUCCGUGCCCAGCGGGGUGCGCGGCCCGGCGGGCUCGGAUCUGGCCCCGGAGCACCGCGCUCCCUUCCCGGCCGCGCUCCCCUCCCGGCCGCGCUCCCCUCCCGGCCGCGCUCCCUCCCGGCCGCGCUCCCCUCCCGGCCGCGCUCCCCUCCCGGCCGCGCUCCCCUCCCGGCCGCGCUCCCCUCCCGGCCGCGCUCCCUCCCGGCCGCGCUCCCCUCCCGGCCGCGCUCCCCUCCCGGCCGCGCUCCCUUCCCGGCCGCGCUCCCCUCCCGGCCCGGCGCGGCGCCCUCCCCAUCAUGGCGGACACGACUUCCCCGCGAGCCGCGACAUGGCGGGCGGGCCCCUCGGCCCAGCGGCCGCCCGACCUCCCAAACAUGGCGGCCGCCCCCUGGCGCCGGUGGCGGCCAGGUUGAGGCGCCGGCCCGGCCGCCCUCCCGCUCCGCCUCCCGGGCGGCGGCGCUCCCGCCCCGCCCCGCCCCGCCGUGCCCGUGUGCGCGGGGAGCCCGCGGGGAGCAGCGCUCCGCUCCGCGGGGUGCCAUGGGGCGGGCGGGCCGCCGGCUGCCCGCGCUGGCAGCGCUCUUCUACGGGGCGCUGGCGGCCCUGGUGCUGCUGGGCGUACGGGACGUGAUGUUCCUCUACGAAGACAACCGGUGCAGCAUGACCUACAUGUACGAGUACCCCGAGUACCUG